AAAAUAUUAGGCUCCAAUUUCUAAAACCCUAAUUUAGCUUCUUCUCCCCCACUCCCUACUCCCGCUCUCUCUUCUUCUUGCUUUGCUGGGGUUCUUACUGAAAGAAACCCUAGGUCGCAUCUCAGGAGAGGGAUUUCCAAUUCUUCCACAAUGUCGAUGUCAAAGAGUUCAAAGAUGCUCCAGUAUAUUAAUUACCGGAUGAGGGUCACCAUCCAGGACGGUCGCCAAUUGGUUGGCAAGUUCAUGGCCUUCGACCGCCACAUGAACCUUGUGCUCGGCGACUGUGAAGAGUUUCGUAAGCUUCCCCCGGGUAAGGGUAAGAAGACUAAUGAGGAGCGUGACGAGCGUCGUACCCUUGGUCUCGUUCUUCUACGCGGCGAAGAGGUCAUUUCCAUGACAGUUGAGGGUCCACCGCCUGCUGAAGAGUCCCGUGCUAA